AUGUCUGGGACAUGCUCUGCCCGCGCCGAUCUCGUGAACACCGAGUGGGACUUUUGUCCUUCCACCCCCGCUGCCAUCCUUUUCGCGGUCCUAUUCGCCCUUACCACUUUCGUACAUCUCGCGCAGGGUAUAUUGUAUAAGAAGCUAUACAGUUGGGUGAUCGUAUGCUCUGGACUGGCUCAAACACUCAAUUUCAUCUUCCGGGUCAUCAGCAUUAAAAAUCCAACAAAUCUGGGUGACUACACCGCGUGGUUUGUACUAGUUCUGGCAAGUUAUAUAUUAUCACGUCGUCAAAAGAGGGUUGCUCCGCUCUUUACAAAUGCCUUUGUUUAUAUGGUGAUGGGAAGGAUGAUCUGGAAUUAUAUCCCCGAUGCGAAGAUCUAUCGGAUAACGGCGUGGAGGUUUUCGACAUACUUUGUAAUUCUCGAUGUCAUCGCUCUCAUUAUCCAGAUCGCAGGAGCAUCCUCGGCUGCCGGCGGCGGCAGCUCGAAAGCAAAUCACCAUCAACAGGUGCUAAUUGCCAUCCACGUAUACAUGGGCGGGGUUGCAUUCCAGCAGUUCUUCAUCCUCGUAUUCUGCCUCUUCGCCAUCCAAUUCCACCGGACCAUCCUCCAACAAGUACGACAAGGCGUAGAGGGAGCGUCAAGCGCACUACCACUAUUAUAUGCAAUCUACGCAGUGCUCUUACUCAUCACGUUGAGAAUUGCCUUCCGUCUCUGCGAGUACGCGCAAGGAUUCCAGAGCGCGAUUCCUAGACACGAGGUGUAUGAAUAUUGCCUCGACUCGGCGCCGAUGCUGGUUGCGCUUCUGAUACUUAAUGUUCUCCAUCCGGGCCGUAUUAUGCCUGGGGCCGAGAGUGAUCUACCGAGUCGCAAGGAUAGGAAAGCCGAGGGCAUUUGUUAG